UGGAAACUAAAUUGUAAACAAUCGCUUUCAUUCUGCUUUCACUUUUGCAGCCGAGUUAAAGUGAGGUGAUUGUUUUAUUAGUAAAUAGACUAGUGAAAUGUCGUUAUCCAGUCAAGUUUGCGCGAUAAAAGCUAAUAUAUCGGCUUUUCAUUCGUUGUGUUUGCACGAGGAUGUUACAUCGAUCAAUGUUCAUAGCAACUCAAUCAGAGAUUUUUCAGGAUUGCAAAAUCUUCGGAAAUUGAAGGAUCUUGAUGUGUCAUCAAAUCUAAUACAAAGUUUGUCAGGCUUACAAAGUCUCUCAUCUCUUUGUGUGUUGAAUCUGGCCUGCAAUCAUAUCUCAGAUCUUCAAGGACUUAGAACUUUAGUCAAUUUAACAUCAAUAAAUCUUUCAUACAACAAAAUAAAAACGUUGAGAGGAUUCAGUGAAAUGAAUGGUCCAGGAUAUAAACUUCAAUCAAUUGAACUCCAUGGCAACCAGAUUUCAAAUAUCUCGGAUGUUACACCACAUCUACGAGGAAUAUUACCUUUACGACAUCUCAUUCUUAGUUUUGAUGAUCAACAUGAUAAUCCAGUGUGCAAAGAAAAAGAUUACAGAAGUCAAAUUUUGAAUCUCCUCCCUCAGUUAUCUUCAUUAGAUAAGUUGGAUCGAAACAAUUUACCUAUGCUUCAAACUCCUGACAAUAUAAUGGAAAUGCUAGAAUUAGAUUUAUCAUUGGGAGAUGUAGAGUUUACUUCAGAUCCUCUUAGCAGCAGUCAGUCACAAUCAUCUCCUGAUAAAUCUACAAUAAAAAUGAAAACUCCAAAUAUUGAUGCAGUUUUAUGUAAAGUCAAAUCAAGACCUCAGAAUGGUUGUGCUGCAAAGGAUGAGGAUUCAAUUGAAUCAAUUAUUUCUUCGAUGGUCUGCAAUAAACCCACAUCAGAAGAAAACCCAACACUUACACCAGAAAAGGAUGUGCAGGUAGAUCAAGAAGCUCGUUUAAAAUAUCUUGAAGAUCAACUUGCACAUCUGGUUGCUGCAAGACAGGAAAAAUCAACGAAGACUCAAAAAGAACAGGUCACUACUGAAUCACAGUCAGGGAAUAAUAUAAUCAGGUAUACGGAGGCAAGUUCGUCAUCGCCCCAACAAAAGAUUAUCAGACCAGUCAAAAGAUUUCAGCAGCAUGGAUUGGGUGCAAGACAAAAACUAAGUUCAGAGAAAAAAACACAAUCUAAAGUACCUCUAAGAAAACAAUCUGGAGAAUCCAAAUCCGCUCGACUUGUUACUCGACAUGUUGGUCCAGAAGAAAAAGAAACUUAUCUGAACUUAGUGAAAGAGCUUGAAAAUGAAAGAGAGAGAAGAUGGAAAUCAGAGCAAGCUGCAAAAAGAUUAGCUCAACUUGUUCGAGACAUGAAUUCGGAUAAAAUUGAGGGAAAAUCUUUACAGGAUAUGGCCGCACAAACGGCAGAAAGGUUGAAGCAAGCAUUAUUGAAAGAAAGAGAAAAUACAGAUGAAAUGAAGAAUGAAGUAUUAGAAUACAAAGAAAAACUGGCUGAAAUGUCUGAUGAAAUGGCAUCGUGUAAGAAAACAAUAGAAGAACAACAACAAUCAUUGAACAUGAUGGAAACAAAUUUAGCGAAGGUUUCCUCAGAUAGAUCAAAAAUAUCAGCAACCCAGGCAAAGAAAAUGCAUGAAUACGAGAUGAAAGUGUCUGCAUCUAUGAGAGAAGUCGAAAUUCAGAAAUCAUUGAAUUCAAAAUUAGAACAUCGCAUACAGGAAUUACAAGAAAUUCUAAUUAAAAGAGAACAAGAACAUAGGAAAGAAACUGAGAAUAUGUUCACUGCAGAUAGCUUGGAAUUUCGAAACGCAGUUUCCCAUGAAGUUAACAGGGAAGAAAAACGACACCGAGAAGAAAUCAAAUCUCUCCAACAAUGUAUCGUAACUUUACGAAACCAAUACACUGAGUUGGAAGAUGAAUUCAGACAAGCAUUGCAUAUUGAAGCAAACAGAUAUGAAAAAGCUGAUGCUCAAUACACCCAAUGUUCCGGGGAAUUGGAAAGAAUACAGGUUGCAUAUCGUAGAACUAAAGAAAAAGAGGAAAAAUCAAGGUCAAUCAUCACUGAACUGACAGCUGUUGCUAAGGAACAAAAAAUUAAAAUUAUGGAACUAUCAAAAAGCAAGCACGAGAUACUGCAACAAUAUAAGGAAAGGAUUUUGAACCUUGAAAUAACUGCUGAAGAAGGUCGUAAGAAAGGUGUUCAGUUAGAGUUAGUAAAACAAGAGAAAUCAAGACUUAUUUCACAACUUGCUGCAGUACAAUCUGUAGUUGAUGGUUUGAGAGAUGAGAGAAAAUUAUGGGGUCAUGAACUUGCACAACAAGGUGCGUCACUAGCACAAGAUCGUGGAAGAUUGGAAUCUAAAAUAGAAAGUUUGAUGCAAGAGAUUUUAUCGAUGAGAAAACAAAAUGAAAGAGAUCUUGACGCUCUGAAAAUUAAAACUAAAAUAGUCGACGAUCAAACAGAUACUAUCCAUAAUAUGAAAGAGGCACUCGUUGAAAAAGAUCAAGAAAUGUCUCGAAUACAACAAGAGAGUCUUGAUUUGCAGAAAAAACUCGAGCAAGAUAUCGAGGAUGCAUUACAUGAUAAUGCAUCACUCAGUGAACGAAACAACAUCUUAGAAGACAGAAAGAAAGAAUUAAAAGAACAACUUUUAGAUUCUGAAAAAGAAUUUGAUAAUUUAAAACAGGUUCACAGCAAAUUGGUGAAAAAAUGGGCUGAAAAAGGACAAGUUUUAUCUCAAGUUGAGCUUCAAGUUCGGCAAAUGAAAGAAACUUUUGAUAAAAAGGAGUUGAAGUUGAUUAAAGAGAGAGAUGAAGCAAUCUCAGCUAAACACUUACUCACUGAAAGAAUGGAAAGAGUAGAUGGUGCAUUCAGAGAACAAUUAGAAACAGCAAAUUGUUCUCAUGAAGAAGAAAUGCGGAGAAUGAAAAAGAAUCAUGAUAAUGAAUUAGAAGUAAUGAAGAGAAAGGUUCACUCAGUAGAAGAAGAAAUGAGAGAAGUGUUACGAGAUGCUGAUCGACAGAAGAAAAAUAUGGAAGCUAAGUUAAAAAGAAUUACCUCGGCAUUCACAGAAUUACAGGAAGGAUUUGCAGAUUGAUAUCAGUGUUUUUUUGUAAUUGUAAUCAGGGAUACAGAUGGUGGCAGAAUGUCUGCUGUUUCGGAUUUCGACGACUGAAAGCUUCCGAGGAAUCUAUCAAUAUCAGAAAAUUGGUCUAUUCAAAAUAGUUUGUAUGCUUUCCGUUUUAUUUGUUUUAUGGGUUCAAUUUCUGGUCUACGAAUGGAAUACAAACAAGAUAGAAUGAA